AUGGAGGUGAAGCAGGAGGUGAUGGAGGUGAAGCAGGAGGUGAAGCAGGAGGUGAUGGAGAUGAAGCAGAAGGUGAAGGAGGUGAAGCAGGAGGUGAUGGAGGUGAAGCAGGAGGUGAUGGAGGAGCGGGAACCAGUGAGUCCGGUGCGCGGGCUCGCAAUUGGUGAGCCCUCCGAGGUUUGGCGCAAUGUGGACCAUCCUGCUCUGCCAAACAGACUCCGGGACCUGUCCUGGAUGGUGGCUCAUGAGGUCCUCCCAGUCAGGUCCGUCAUGCACUCCCGGGGCCUCCUACAGUCCGCAACCUGUCCCCGGCCGGGUUGUGGCGCGCCCGAGUCGGUGAGACACUUGCUCUGGGAGUGCAGCGCCGCCGUCGACCAGUGGGCAACAGCCGGCUCCUUACAAUUCCCGUACCUACCAGCAGGGGAGGUCCUCACAGCACAGCUGAUGCUGUACGGGGUGGGCCUAAGUCCAAAUUCAAAAAAGGACUUCACAAGAAUCUGGCUCACCCUCGUCGCCACCAAAGACGCCAUAUGGACCUCCAGAAACCUGCUGGUAGGAAGGCACAUGCAGAUCCCCCCCGUGGCUGUGAUCCGGAUGGCAGCGGCCACAGUCCGAGAGGCUGUGGCCCUCCCUAGCCAAGCCCCUGCUCCUGGGACGGUGAGCUGGCCAGCAUGGUUCCCAGCAAAAGACCUCAUUGGUCCCACCUUUGACAACAACAACGCACUGAAGAGAAACCAGAGUGCCUGA